AUGAGUCAACAAUACUAUUGUAAAGAGGGAUUUCCACGUGGCGCUGCUAGGCACCGAGCAGAGAAUGGCGCCAUCUCAAUACUGCCUUCACUUUCCAAUUCCCACCCUUUAAAAACCCUCCCCCCCACAACUUUGUCGCAAACCAACCAACACACGAGAACAUUUCUUUGGAAAGAAGAAGAAGAAGAAGCUGACGAGAAGCUUGCAGAUACCAUCACCAUUCUCGUCAUCGUUACCAUCCUCGUGACUAUCACCAUCAUCAUCAUCAUCGCCAUCAUCAUCGUUGUCAUCAACAUGACACCACGACCGGAGCAGCCUGCUCCCCGCGCCCAACCGGCGCAACCAGAAUCGUCCACCCCGGUGGACACCGCAAUCGAGAGCGUGGAAGCGCUCAACCUAUCUUCUCAACCGUCCCUUCAAGCAGGUUCGGCUCAGCAGCGCCCGGAGACGAUUGUCGUCAAGUAUGACGACUACUUCGAAGAAGUCAUGUGCUUCAGCAGCGUCGACAAUCGCCCAGAGACUGGCGAUGUCAUCCGAGAGUACAUCAGGAGUCUAUGUACUCACAAUGGCGCCAAUGUGCACACCGGCACCAUCAGGAUGGACCGAAGCGCCAUCCCCUCUGGCCGCUGGUCAAUCGCCUUCGCACCCGCCAUCCUCGCCCCCAACAGCGCGUGGGUCAUCAUCUUCGGCGCCCCGCGCGACUCGCAGUUCUUGUGGUUCUUCUGGUCCAGUAGGGGCGGAACCGAGGAGCAUGUGCUUCGAUUGCUGGUCCACUUGCGCGAGUCGGGAAAGAUCAAGGCCGAGGAGCCGAUGAAGAUUGGCGAUGACAGACACAAGAAGCUCUUCGAGAUCGUUGAGCAAGCCGUCUGGAAGGACCAAAACCCGGAGUUCGAGACCCAUUGGGCGGUUGGAGAAUUCAAUGCCGUUGAGUGA